AUGUGUAACCGCGCGCGCGUCGCGACCGUCGUUCGAGCGCUCGAGGAACCGGAGACGUUCACGGAUGAUGAUUUGGAUAACAUCGUCUUCGCCGACCUGAGCGAGGAGGCGGCGAUAUCGAACAAGUCGGGCGCGGGGGAGACGAUGGCGGCGCCGGAUUGGAUGACGCAAUUGAAUCGCUUGUGGGGCGGGGCGUCGGAGAUCCCGGUCGCGGACGCGAAGCUGGAGGAUAUCACUGGGCUCCUGGGCGGUGGGUUGUUUCAGCCUCUCUUCAAGUGGAUGCUAGAGGCGGGUCCAGUGUACCUACUUCCUACGGGUCCAGUGACGUCUUACGUCGUCGUGAGUGACGCGGCGUGCAUUAAACAGGUGCUAUUCAACUACGGGAGUAAGUACAUCAAGGGUACGAUCGCGGAGGCUGGGGAAUUCUUAUUCGGAUUGGGUGUCGCCCUGCAGGAGUUGGAGCCGUGGAAGGUACGGCGCAAGGCGGUGGCACCGUCUUUACAUCGCAAGUAUGUCGAGGCGAUGGUCGAUCGGUGUUUCGCGCUUUGCGCAGAUCGCAUGACGACCAUUUUAGAGGAGGAAGCGGCGAACGGUGCGGUGGGUAGCGUCAACUUGGAGAGCAGAUUUAGUAAGACGGCUCUUGACAUCAUCGGCAUCUCAGUCUUCAACUACGACUUCAAGGCGCUCACGACGGCGGCUCCAGUGAUCCAGGCCACUUACACCGCGCUCAAGGAGGUCGAGACAAGAUCGAUGGAUCUCCUUCCUACGUGGCGUUUGCCCGAGCAAUUUCUUCGCAUCGUCAGUCCUCGACAGCGCAACGCCCAAGACGCCGUCACCGUUAUUCGCGACGUCACUCAGAGACUGGUGGACGACUGCAAACGCAUGGUCGAAGAGGAGGAGAAGGUUGGAGGCGCCGAGGAGUGGGCGCGGGAUUACUUGAACGAAUCCAAUCCAUCGGUGCUGAGAUAUCUCAUCGCCGCUCGCGAGGAAGUGUCUUCCACGCAGCUCAGAGACGACUUGCUCUCGCUUCUUGUCGCUGGUCACGAGACCACUGCCUCCGUGCUUACCUGGGGGACGUACGAGCUUCUUAAGCCCGAGAAUGCGGAGCAGCUUCGUCUACUUCGCGCCGAGCUUGAUGAGGUGCUCGGUACGCGCCCGUAUCCGACGUUCGCGGAUCUGGCGAAGAUGCCAUACCUCGAGCGCUGCUUCCACGAGUCGAUGCGCUUGUACCCGCAGCCUCCCGUGUACACGCGACGAGCCGUGGUUGAGGACGUCCUGCCUAACGGCAUGACGGUACCGAAGAACCAAGACUUACUGGUUUCCAUCUACAACCUCCAUCGCUCGCCCGCGAACUGGGGCCCGACCUCGCAGCAGUUCGAGCCGAUGCGCUUCGGCCCACUCGCGAACGGACAACCGAAUGAGUUGAACACAGAUUACCGGUACGUGCCCUUCAGUGCCGGACCCCGGCGAUGCCCGGGCGACAAGUUCGCCGUGUACGAGGGCAUCGUCAUCUGGGCCACGAUGCUCAGGCGAUUAGACUUAGAAUUGAAGGCUGGACACGACGUAAUCAUGACUUCUGGGGCGACCAUUCACACAAAGAGCGGGUUGCUUGCCACUGUGAAGAAGCGUGAGGUGCGCGAGGUGCCCGAGGCAGAGCGUGUGGACUGGGCCAACUUGAUGCCGGCGAAGGAACUUGGAGGCGAUGAAUGGUACGCUCCCUGGAACCAACCCGCACCGGCCGCGAGUGGGAAAUGUCCGAUGGGGCACUAG